ACCACACCUGGACUCACUUAGAUCUGUGCAGCACACCACCAAGACACACCAAGAGGGACAGCCAUGAGGGGAUCCCAGCCAGCAGUGGCCAUGGUGGUGGUGGGGAUGCUCUUCACCUUCACCUUAUGUACACCAUUGUCUGGAACAAAUACUGAGGAAAAAAAAGGACAUUCUGAAGUGAGCUGGCCUGAAACAGGUUUGGAAGUAUGCCAAUGGCUGGUGGAAGACAGUAUGCAGGUGUCCUGCAAAGUUUGUUUCAGCAAUGCUGACACCUUUAAGGAGGUAAAGGAAUGUGUGAACGACUGGCUUCCUGCUCCAAUUGCUCAGUGCUCUGACACAGCAAAAAAUGAAGACAAAUUCAACCGCUGUGUCUUUAAGAACUACAAGAAUACCAUAAAACUCAAUAAGAAAGCAAACGUAUUCUAUGAAAAAAGUAGCAAAUUCCUGAAAAAGAUUGCAAAUUUCCAAUAUUUGGAGGAUGGUCCCCAAGCACUCUUCUCUAGCUUUAGUCAGGAGAUUCUCUUUAACAUUCCUGAGAUCCAGGAAGCACUAAGCACCAGUGAAGACUGUUUAGAAAGAUACAGUGGUGGCCUGAGGAGGGAUGUUCAGCAGACCCUUCCACAGUCACGAGUGACAGAUUAUGAGUAUGGCAAAGUGGGCCAUGACAUGCCCUUCAAGGGGGUGGGACCCCUUGCCUUGGCAGUUCUGAAUGGCAUGUGUAACACCCGCUACCUGGAGGACCAGCAGAACCUACAGCUUCUGGUAGACACAGCUGUGAACUUUGAGUUGCCUCUACCAGCCUGGGUAUUCCAGGAGAUGGUGAAGAACAUUGACUCCAUUGAAAUUUAAAUGGAUAACAAACUAAGAAAAGAAAUAAAGUGGUAAAUGUUUAUUGAUUUUCAACUAAGACCAAUAAAAGACAAGUUACAACCAAGACAUUUAUGCUAUUCCCUAGCAGCUUAUAUUUCUGCUUCUUUGUGGUUGUGGAAGGAAAGGUGAACCAGGAUGGGAAGCACAUUAACCGAGCCACUUCCUCUGGUGUGAAAUAUCUCAAUUCCAGUUGAUGCAACAAUUCUACUUUGAGUUGAUCAUCAUCAUCUAGAGCUUGUACUUUUGAAUAAAUCUCUGACAUAUCAACCUGACUGUUGUGCUGCACAACAGACCCUGUUCCCUCAACAUAGUGUGCAUAUCCCUUUGUGAAACAACAUGAUCUUUGGGACUGAUGAUUAACAAUGUCCAAUAAC